GAGAGAGAGAGAGAGAGAGAGAGAGAGAGAGAGAGAGAGAUACGUCAUGAACAGCAGCCAAUGAAGCUGUGGAGCACACUAUAAAGCAAGAGCCUAUCUCUGUUUUGAGAGAGAGAGAGUAAACUUGGACAUUGUCUCUACUAAACCAAAUUUGUACUAUCUUGAAAAGUACUUCUGGGAUUUCUACUUUAUUACCAUUCCACUAAGGUUGUGCAGAAGCCACACAAAAAAAGGAGUUGUCAUCAUGGUGCUAAUGAUUCUACCAUUCAUUGGAUCGGUGUCGGUAUCUGAGAGUUUGGUUGCUAUGAUAACAGUGUGUCUGGUAUACCUGAUCCUUAAGUUUUUCCGCACUGAGAUUCCUGAGGGGCUCCGUCAGCUGCCUGGACCAAAGCCCCUACCUAUCAUUGGGAACGUGCUGGAGAUGGGCAGCAAACCUUACCUGAGUCUCACUGCCAUGAGCAAGCGCUACGGCCACAUCUUCCAGAUCCAGAUCGGCAUGCGUCCUGUGGUUGUGCUGAGCGGCAGUGAAACAGUUCGACAGGCUCUCGUCAAGCAAGGGGAGGAGUUUGCGGGCAGACCCGACCUGUACAGCUUCAAGUUCAUCAAUGAUGGCAAGAGUCUGGCCUUCAGCACAGACCGGGCCGGUGUCUGGCGUGCCCGCAGGAAGCUGGCCUACAGCGCCCUGCGCUCCUUCUCCAACCUGGAGGGCACUACUCCAGAGUACUCCUGCAUGCUGGAGGAACACAUCUGCAAAGAGGGAGAGUAUCUGAUCAACCAGCUCAACACCGUCAUGAAGGCUGACGGCAGCUUUGACCCCUUCCGCCACAUUGUUGUCUCCGUUGCUAAUGUGAUCUGUGGAAUGUGCUUCGGCCGACGCUACAGCCACGAUGACCAGGAGCUGUUGAGCUUUGUUAACCUCAGUGAUGAGUUUGGCCAGGUGGCGGGAAGCGGUAACCCUGCAGACUUCAUCCCUUUUCUUCAAAUCCUGCCCAGCCCAACAAUGAAGAAGUUCUUGAGCAUCAAUGCCCGCUUCAACAAGUUUGUGCAGAGGAUCGUCAGCGAGCACUAUGCCACCUAUGACAAGGACAACAUUCGUGACAUCACAGACUCCCUCAUUGAUCACUGUGAGGACAGGAAGCUGGAUGAGAACUCAAAUGUCCAUGUGUCAGAUGAGAAGAUUGUAGGGAUUGUCAAUGACCUGUUUGGAGCUGGUUUUGACACCAUCUCCACUGGCCUGUCUUGGUCAGUGAUGUACUUGGUGGCGUACCCAGAGAUACAGGAAAGGCUUUAUCAAGAACUGAAGGACAAAGUGGGUCUGGAUCGCACUCCUCUUCUCUCUGAUAAACCCAACUUACCGCUUCUCGAGGCCUUCAUCUUUGAGCUGUUUCGCCAUUCUUCAUUCCUACCCUUCACUAUCCCCCACUGCACGACAAAAGACACAUCUCUGAAUGGCUACUACAUUCCCAAAGACACCUGUGUCUUCAUCAAUCAGUGGCAGAUCAACCAUGAUCCUGAGCUGUGGAAAGAGCCGUCUUCUUUCAACCCAGAACGCUUCCUGAGCGCUGAUGGCACUGAGGUCAACAAGGUGGAGGGGGAGAAGGUGAUGAUUUUUGGCAUGGGAAAGCGCCGCUGCAUCGGCGAGGUCAUUGCACGAAAUGAAGUCUACCUCUUCUUGGCAAUCAUUGUCCAGAAGCUGCGCUUCCACAAUGUGCCUGGAGAGCCACUGGACAUGACCCCAGAAUAUGGUCUCACAAUGAAGCACAAGCGCUGCCACCUGAGAGCCACAAUGCGAGUGAGGAAUGAGCAGUGAAGCUAUUUAUAAUGUACAUGUAUGUAUGCAUGUAUGUAUGACAAUAUGUGGUAUAUGUUGACUCUAACGCUGUAAUGGUCACUGUCAUAAUAACAGUCUCAGAAUGUAAGGCACCGGAUGACGAAUUUGAUCUACAGAGCGUAUGGCAUUGAAGCAAAUAAGUGAAAUGUGCUUGUUGCAGAUUGUCAGCGAUGUCUAGGUUCGUGUGAAAUACAGUAUCUCUGUCAUGUUUUUGGUUGUCUAAGAGAUAUUCCUGCACGUGGUUGGUGCUUCUCAGUGAAGUAAAGGAGAUACCUGGUUAUCUUGUGUUGUAAACUAAACUGCUCCCAUUGAGAAGUUGUAAAACACUCAGAGACUAAGUUGCCUUGUUCAUCUUUGAGACACAGUAUGUUUUACUGGAUAGGCAUUACUAUUCAGGCCACUGCAACCUAAAUUGUUUUCUUCUGAACAGGACCUUAUGAGACCUUUUACAAUAAGCUAAUUAUUUUGAUUCCAUUACGAUGUGGAUGCAAGACACUGAAGCUAUAUUUGUAUCCCAAAAUGUGACAUUGUGUGUAAAUCAAGUUUUUUGUAUUUUUUAAAAGUAAUUUUUUUAUGUGCCUAUAUCGUUUGUAUUGGUUGAGGUGAAAUACAGUAGUUUUGCUCUGCAUCUACAUGAACUAUCAGGACACCAAAAGAGUUCCAGUGAUUUUUGGAAUAUAUUAUUAUACAAUUUUGUAUUUUAUGUAUCAAUGAUUGUAUAACAUGUAAUGGUAUGUGAUGAAGCAUCAUUUAAUCAGCCACACAAAUAAAACAUGUUUUAAUGAUGA